AUGGAUAAUUCUGUGAUAUCCACCCAGCCCAGUCGAAAUGAAACAGCCUCCAGAACAAACAACGCACUGUUCAGCCCUGGGACAAGUACGUCCAGAACAGUGCGAGUGAAUUGGCUCAAGUUUCUAUUCUACUCUUGGAAAAGAAUAUCGAUACUAAGCAAGGUUGUCGUUUCUUGCAACAUAGUAUUAGUCAUUGCACAGGUUGCAGUCGGUAUAGCCAUGCUAGUGACAGCAAGAGGUGAAGCCUGUGAUCAGCCGCUGCAAACAUUCAUCAUUGUUUACAUAGUGCGCACUGUCAUAUCUUGUCCUUUUUACGUUAGCCAACAUUUUGAGAGGGCAGAGGAAAGAUUGCGUAUACGCAGACAACGGGAGAGAGAUACACGGCGAGAGGAGCAGGUACGCCAAAGACGCCAGCAAAGGCGAGAGGAGAGACGUCGACAGCGUGCUCAGCAGCAGCAACAGCAACAACAGCAGCAACAGCAACAACAGCAAGCGGACAGCGAGCAAGUAACGCCAGCAAAUACACAAGAGCAACUUAUACCAUCGAAUGCCUCUAUUCAUUCCACUGUUAUUGAACCUAGAUCAAACCAAAUUUUUACUAUUACUGAAAGAUUACGACCACUUAUCGAUCUCUUUUCUGUCUUAUGGUUCAUUGUGGGCAACUACCUAUUAUUCAGCUCCAAGACUUGCUCAACAUUAGCACCAAGACUCUAUUACACAUCUCUCGCCUAUGUGUUGAUUGGCUAUUUAGUCGUCAUUGUACCUAUCUUACUGUGCACAUCUGCUAUUUUCUGUCUUCCCUGCGUGAUGUUGGGUAUGCGUGUUCUGAAUAUCCCUGAAAUGGACGGCAUGGAUCAAGGUGCGGGACAGGAAGAAAUUAGCAAGGUCCCUGUGUAUCGAUUCAGAGUAUCCGAGAGCCAGCAAACACAAGGCGUGACAACGCAACCUUCAGAACAAAAGGGUAAGGGCAUUUUGGGCAAUCUUAUGCAAGGAGGAUAUCGUCAUCAACUGGAUGCAGAGCAAGGCUCUGUGGAUGAUAUUUUUAUCACGCCAUCCGAAGAUGCCAUGUGUUGUAUAUGUCUGGCAGAAUACGAAGAUCAGGAUUUAUUGUGUCGACUGUGGUGUGGACAUCACUAUCACAAGAGCUGCCUCACUGAAUGGCUUGCACUCAACAAGAAAUGCCCACUGUGUAAACAAGAUUUUCGAGGAAAAGAGUACGAAGAGGACAGCCAAGACGAAGACGAUCCAGAUGACGACGCUCUCGAAAAUACAAUUCCAAUGCACCAGCUGCACACUGCGACUACGCCUGAUCAUCGUUCGUAA